AUGAGUGGCUUGAUGGAGCUUGUGAUUCUUGUCGCGUGUUGUUUCUUCCUCGUAACUUUAAUCAAGUUCCUUUACGAUUAUCUGUGGAUACCUCUGCGUAUACAGCAUAUACUGAAUUCACAGGGAAUCAAAGGACCUCCUAUCAGAUUCAUCCAUGGCAACGACAAGGAAAUUGCCAAAACGAAACAAGAAGCAUUAGGCAAACCUGUGGCCUGGACAGAUGAUUUAUUUCCCAGACUACAGCCACAUAUUUACAGCUGGAUCAACAGAUAUGGGAAGAACUUUGUUUAUUGGGACGGUGCUCGAGCUGAAUUGGUGAUUUCUGAGCCUGAACUAGUUAAAGAGGUUUUGAAAAAUAGUAAAAAUAUUUUUCAAAAAGUGAAGCUUCCAGAAAUUAGUAGGAAGCUCAUGGGGAAUGGGCUUGCGUUCACUGAGGGGGAAAAAUGGGCAAAGUAUCGAAAGCUAGCCAAUCACACUUUCCAUGGGGAAAGCCUAAAGAACAUGACUCCAGCAAUGAUUGCUAGUGUUGAAACAAUGCUAGAAAAGUGGAAUGGCCAAGAAGGCCAGGAGAUUGAAGUGUUUCAAGAAUUUAGAUUAUUGACUUCAGAAGUGAUUUCCAAAACAGCAUUUGGUAGCAGUUACUUGGAGGGGGAGAAGAUUUUUGCCCUACUGUACAAGUUGAAAAUACUUGUUAAUCUAAAUAUGUCCAAGACUACAAUUCCUUUCAUCAACAAGCUAUGGAAAUCUACUGAUUUGCUAGAGUCUGAAAAACUUGCAAAAGGAAUACAAGAUUGUGUAAUAAAGAUUGUUAAGAAGAGAGAAGACCAAGUUGUGAAUGGGGAAGCCGAUAGCUUCGGCAAUGAUUUUUUUGGAUUACUUGUAGAUGCCUAUAAUGAUUUGGAUGAGAAAAAUAAGCUUUCAUUGCAAGACCUGGUAGAUGAAUGUAAAACUUUCUACAUUGCCGGACAAGAAACAGUUAAUUCCCUACUGGGAUGGAUAGUCUUGCAUUUGGCAAUCUAUGGAGAUUGGCAAGAAAAAGCAAGAAGGGAGGUGAUUGACAUAUUUGGUAACCAAAAUCCUCAUCUCGAAGGCAUCACCAAACUUAAAACAAUGACCAUGAUCAUCAAUGAAACUCUAAGAUUGUAUGGUCCGUCAAAUGGCUUGGCAAGAACAGUUGCAAGAGAAGUACAGUUGGGAAAGUUAGUCUUGCCUGCUAAAUUAGAUAUUCUGCCUCUAAAUAUUGGACUUCACCGUGACCCUCACUUGUGGGGGGAUAAUGUGCAUCUUUUUAAACCAGAGAGAUUUGCCGACGGGAUUGCCAAAGCUACCAAUUACACCGCGGCUGCAUUUUUGCCCUUCGGAUUGGGUCCUCGAUCUUGUGUUGGUAUGACAUUUGCAACAAUAGAAACCAAGAUUGCUCUCUCCAUGAUUCUACAACGUUACACCAUUACUCUUUCCCCUGCCUAUGUCCACUCUCCAAUACUUAUUCUCACCGUUCGACCACAACAUGGAAUUCAAGUAAUAAUUGAACCGCUACAUAAUAAUUUUUGAAUUACAUAGCUAUUAAGAGAUGACAAUUAAUAUAUC